AUGGCUUUGAUGCAAAUUAAAGAAGGCGAGUACACUUCCACUUUGUAUGGACUGAUCCGGGAUCAGAGAUAUAUGGAAGCUGCUCGACUAUUAAACCAUCAACUUGAAACUCAUCCAAAGUCUCGUGCUGCUCUAUCACUGCUUGGCUACUGCAAUUUCCAAUUGCAGAAUUUCGUGGAAGCAGCCGACUGCUAUGAACAACUUAGCAUUCUUCAUCCUGAAGUAGAUGAUUAUAGACUCUAUUAUGCUCAGUCACUAUACAAAGCUUGCCUUUAUCAAGAGGCCAUGAAAGUGUCCUGUCAGAUUGAAAACCCAGAAUAUCAAGUCAAAAUUACAAAAUUGCAGGCUGCUAUCAAAUAUGGGGAGGAUGAUUUGUCUGGAGCAAAGGCACUUGUUGACCAAUGUCCUUCCCAAGAUUCAGAUACAGAACUCAACCAAGCUUGUAUUUUGUUUAAGGAGUGUCAUUAUGAAGAAGCCUAUCUUGAUGUUGGAAUGACAACAAUGGGUUUAGACACCAGAAGUGUAGGAAACAGCUUGCUCUUACAAGAGACUGGUUUAGUGCAAGCAUUCAACCUGAAAGCUGCUAUAGAAUACCAACUGAAGAAUUUGAAAGCUGCUCGUGAAGCCCUAACAGACAUGCCACCCAGGGCUGAAGAAGAACUUGAUGUUGUAACUCUUCACAACCAAGCCCUAAUUAACAUGGACAGUGAUCCUACACAGGGUUUUGGGAAGCUUCAGUUCCUGAUGCAGCAACAGGUUUUCCCACCAGAGACAUUUGCCAAUCUUCUCAUUCUUUAUAUCAAAUAUGAAUAUUUUGACUUGGCUGCAGAUGUCUUAGCAGAGAAUGCUCAUCUGACAUACAAAUACUUAACACCGGAAUUAUAUGACUUUUUGGAAGCAGUCAUCACAAGACAGACAGCUCCUGAAGAUGCUUAUCGUAGACUGGAUGAAAUGGCCACAAGAAAAACUGAGAUGCUACGGAAACUUACUAAACUGGUGCAGCAGUCAAAACAGAAUAAUGAUGAAGAAGCAUUGAAGAGAGCCGUCAAUGAAUAUGAUGAUGCUUUGGAAACAUAUAUCCCCAUCCUGAUGCAGCAGGCUCGCAUCUACUGGGAUAUGGAAAAUUACAGCCAGGUUGAGAAGAUCUUCCAGACAUCUCUAGAGUUUUGCAAUGAUCACGACAUAUGGAAAUUAAAUGUUGCUCAUGUCCUGUUUAUGCAAGAAAAGUACAAGGAUGCCACGGGUUUCUAUGAAGCUAUUGUCAAGAAGAACUAUGACCGUUUACAGAAUAUCAGUGCUAUUGUGCUGGCUAACUUGUGUGUGUCGUAUAUCAUGACCAAUCAAAAUGAAGAGGCUGAGGCAGUUAUGCGAAAGAUUGAACAAGAGGAAGAAGCAUUUUCUCAUAAUGAACCAGACAAAAAGGUAUACCACUUGUGCAUUGUCAAUAUGGUUAUUGGAACAUUGUAUUGUGCCAAAGGUAAUUAUGAAUUUGGAAUCUCUCGAGUGAUCAAGAGUCUGGAACCUUACCAAAAGAAACUUGUCACAGAUACUUGGUUCUAUGCUAAGAGAUGCUUCCUGUCUUUGAUUGAGAAUAUGACCAAACACAUGAUCAUGAUCCGUGAUUCAGUUGUACAAGAGUGCAUUAUGUUCCUUGACCAUUGUGAGACUUAUGGGCAAGAUGUGAAAGCAAUAACUGAGCAGCCCCUUGAAGAGGAACCUCUGAAUCCAGGCAAAAAUUGUGUCUCUUAUGAAGCCCGUAUUCUGAAGAGCAUUUUAAUGCAGUUGGUGUAA